AUUUCAUUGUACUUCGUCUCCGUGUUUGCCCGAGGCUCUUACUCACUUCCAGAACCGAUCUGGCGUGCGACUGGACAUCAUCCCUAGUUUUGCACUCCUCAAUAUUCUUUCUCUUGCAAUUUAAUAAUUUUCUCUUUCGCAAAGUUCAUCAUAUCAUCAUUUAACGAAAUCAGUAAAAAAAAUAACCACUAACAACAUAAAUCAGUAAAAAAUAACCCCUAACAACAUAAAUCAGUAAAUCAAUAAAUACCAAAGAAAGAACGAAAAUUUACAAAAAGUUAUGAACAAAAUAAGUUUUGUAUAAAAGUGGCCCAUUCAAAAGUGAACCAGUUAAGAAUGUGUUUGUGAAAGAAUGCUUGUUUAUCCAGUGAUAGUUAUUAUUUGAGUGUCCUAUAUUCAACUGUGUCAUAUGUACUCAAGUGUCUUUUUUCUUAUACUCGAAAAAAUUUGUGGUAAAAAUAAAACAUUAAAUUAGAGUGGAACCUACAAAAAAAAUGACUAGUUCAACAUACUACAGUUCUGUAACAAACAGUGAGAGUUAUUGGCCGUAUCAGUUCAGUGAUUAUAGAGCUUAUGAUCCAGGAUUUUUCUAUCAAAACUAUCAUCAUCAUCAUUAUAAUCAAACUCAACAAAAUCAACAAAUCUCCUCGCCAUAUACAAUGAGACCCUCGCCGGAAAAUUCUCCACCUUCCAGUUUACUUGAGACCCUAUUGAGACAUGGAAAAGAAGCUGUUUCACAAAGUUACAAUACAAAAUCACUACCGUCAAGAGAUCAAGUUUCGAGGUCACAAAUUGUUUGUCAAACGUCACCGUACACUCCAUCUUCCAGUUCAGACAGAACAUCGCCUCAAGUUUGUUCGGCUAAUGAUACAUCUUCACAGGAUCAGUAUCAAAAUUAUCAGCCGACUUAUCAGGAUUAUCAGAAUCGAGGGGGCGCGGAAAAUUCACCAUUUGACAGUACGGCAUCUAAUGGAUAUGGUUAUGGGAAUAAUAAUGAUGAUGGAAAAAUGAGUCCUGGAAUUAGUGAUUAUGGUGAUGAUUCUAGAGCCGAGUAUCAGUGGAUGAAGUCUAAUGGUGCUAAUGCAGAGUUGACAGUAUCCGGACACAAGAGAACAAGGCAGACCUACACGAGAUAUCAAACACUUGAAUUGGAAAAGGAAUUUUACUCCAAUCGUUACUUGACGAGACGAAGAAGAGUUGAAAUUGCCCAAACACUUUGUCUAUCGGAGAGGCAGAUAAAAAUUUGGUUUCAAAAUCGAAGAAUGAAGGCGAAAAAGGAUGGAAAAUUGGGAUGCGCAACUGGAGAAUCGACUGGCGAUGAAAUAUGUCAAUCGGAGAAUAAUUUAUCAUUGACGCCAAAUUCAAUUUCGUCAUUACACUCGACGGGAAUUCCGCCAUUGCAUCAGAAUGAUAUUCCAUCAUUGCAUGCAGCUGGUGUGGGAACUUUGAAUUUGCUUCAAAAUUCGAUGCGAGAUGGAGGACAUGGUGUUGUAUCAUCAUCAUCAUUGCAGGAGAAUGCUGCUAUGUUGCAGAAUAGUUUGAGGAAUAUUCCAAUGGGUGAUGAAUCAUUGGGACGUGGUAUCAAUGGUGGAAAGUGUGAGACGAUUAAUCAGCAGAUUGGAGGUGUAGUGCAUAAUGGAGGAUCUUUGAUGCAGAAUGGUGCUACUUUGCAUAAAGGUGGUUUGCAAGAAGGAGGUUUGCAACAAGGAGGUUUGCAAGAAAGAAGUUUGCAACAAGGAUUGCAUCAAGAUAGUUUGCAUCAAGAGAGUUUGCAUCAAAGUAGUUUGCAUCCAAGUAGAUUGCAGCAAAGUUUGCAGCAGGAUUUACAACAAGGUUUGCGACAAAGUUUGCAGCAGGAUUUACAACAAAGUUUGCGACAAAGUUUGCAGCAUGAUUUACAACAAGAUUUGCGACAAAGUUUGCAACACGAUUUACAACAAGGUUUGCGACAAAGUUUGCAGCAAGGUUUUCAUCAUGCUCCAUUACAUCAGAACAAGAUGGCUUCGUUACACAACAAUGGUAUCGAAUCACUGCAGCAGAAUUGUGGAAAUUUGAUGCAACGACUUGGGGGACAUCCGAUUCAUAGUGCAUAUUUGAAUUAUCAUCAUCAGCAGCAGCAGGAGCAACAACAGCAGCAAGAACAACAGAAAAUAAAGCAUCAACAACAGCAUCAACAACAACAACAACAACAACAACAGCAUCAUCAACAACAACAGCAUCAUCAUCAUCAUAAUCAUCAUCAGCAGCAUCAUCAACAGCAUCAGAAUUACAUGGGUCAGGAUUACGGACAACAGCAUCAGGUUUAUGGUCAGCCAUCGAAGUUGGAACUUCAUAUUGGCUCGUGAAGCAAGAAUGCGAAGCGGUCUCAGCAUCAAGCAGCUGACCCUGCAACAGCCAUGAUUUAUGGCUAAACGAGCUAAACAGUCGGGAGAGAGAAAGAGAGAGCAUCCCACGCCAGGUAUUUGAAACUCCGUUCACGCUGCA